CAACACCAUCACCAUGGUUGCCAUUGCUCGCUCUUUCGGCGCCGCUCGUGUGGCCGCCCGCGGCUUCUCCAACGCUGCCCGCCAGCCCCAGCAGAGCACUCUGGUUGCUGCCCGCAGCGCCUUCCGCAACAACGCCGCCCGCAACGUCAUCCAGAAGCGUGGCAUCGUCGCCGAGUCCACCGCUGCCGCCAUGGUCGCUGCCGCUAAGAUCCAGGGUGCCGGUCUCGCUACCAUCGGUCUUGCCGGUGCUGGUGUUGGUAUCGGAACGGUUUUCGGUGGCCUCAUCCAGGGUGUCGCCCGCAACCCUUCCCUCAGGGGUCAACUCUUCCAGUACGCCGUUCUGGGUUUCGCUUUCGCUGAGGCCACUGGUCUCUUCGCGCUCAUGAUGUCUUUCUUGCUCCUCUACGUUGCAUAGAUGGGUGCAUUGAUUGCAUCGACUGCCGGACAUAUUGGGGUCAACGGUAUGGGGGUGCCGCAAGGUGGAAAAGUUUUCUUGCGGAUGGGUGUGUGCAUAGGGACGACUACUACCUCUUUUCCUACUCUAGUGGCCGGUCAGAUUGUGUAAAACAUGUACUUUAGAGAGCAAUCUGAAGAGCAAGCUACCACUCUGGCUCGCUUUCCUUGUCUACGCAUGCGUGCGGAAGCUCUAGCUACGGUAAUGAGACGUGCGGAUGAAUCAUGUUAAGCUCAAUGAACCCAAUUGGAUAUGCAAAGUUAA